UUUGAGGAGGGAGGCGCAUUAGCUAGGCUCAUUGCAUCUACAGUCUAGUGAGCUUGUAACUCGACCAGGGAGGUAAGCUUAUGGAAUGCUUCUUUUGCAUAGAUUAGGGCAUCCAUUAAAGUAUUUUUAGUGCUUCCAUGCCUGUGUGUCAGGCAUGUUCUUCCCCUCUCCCUCUCUCAACCCUUUUCCCCCAUCUCUUGCUCUACUUUUGCAUCGGAACUCCUCUCUCUCUCUCUCUCUCUCUCUGAUAAUAAACUAAUAAACCCUCUUCACUCAAAGCCUCUCUCAGAAUUGUUCAUCCCAAACCCCAUGAGUGGUCUCAAGAACAUGAGCUCCUCUUCGUUCACAGCGAUCUAUCUCAUCGGUGAUGUGAUCAGUUGAUCCUAGAGCUUACAGCCUUUAAUGUUUAGCCUCUUACUCUCCAGCGCUCCGUUUCCUCUCCACGAUCUUCUACACUUGCCUCUUUCCAAAGACCUCAAUCUCAGCCUGCGUGAAAGGACGAGAAGACGGCAGAGCAGUUGGAGAUGUUCUAACCUCUUAGGAUGAUCGAUAUGCUCAGAAACGAGUUCUCUCUGAAACCCAGAAGAAAAGUUCCUUUCUUUGUUCUUCUCUUUUGCCCUUGCACGGUUCAAAGUAGCAAAUGCAAGAAGAUCAGAUCACCUGUAAAGAACGUGGCUUUCACUUUUGUCGUUGUUCGAUUUCCUCUUUUUUGGUAGUAUUAAGCUGUUAUUGAGCUUUCUUGCUUAAUUCCUUCGAUCUUCUUGCCUGUCCUAUUUUAGUACAUAGAAAACCCUAGCUGGAAAGAGUACCCCCAAAGAAAAAAGGGUGAGCUAGCUUCUACUUCAAAAAGUGCAUGAAGUUCUAGAGAGAGAGAGAGAGAGAGAGAGAUUAGGGCAAUGUCUGGUUCAAGAGAUCCCGAAGCACCCACCACCAGCUCAGGCACACCAUCUUCCUCCGGCCGCCGCCCACGUGGCCGUCCUGCGGGCUCCAAGAACAAGCCCAAGCCCCCAAUCAUCAUCACCCGAGACACCCCCAACGCCCUCCAAUCCCAUGUUCUUGAGGUCUCCGCCGGCUCUGACAUUGUUGACGCCAUCACCACCUACGCUCGCCGCCGCGGCCGGGGCAUCUCCAUCCUUAGUGGCACCGGCGCUGUCACCAAUGUCACUCUCCGCCAGCCCGCUUCGCCUUCCGGGAGCGUCGUCACCAUGCAUGGGAGAUUUGACAUCCUUUCGCUGACCGGGACGGUGUUGCCACCUCCUGCGCCACCGGGUGCUGGGGGAUUGGCAAUAUAUCUCUCCGGAGGACAGGGGCAGGUGGUGGGUGGGAGCGUGGGCGGGCCCUUGAUGGCAUCAGGGCCGGUGGUGCUGAUGGCAGCAUCCUUUGCAAACGCAAUGUUCGAUAGGUUGCCUUUGGAGGAGAGCGGGGAGGAUGCGCCGCCAGCGCAAGUGCAGCCAUCGGCAUCGCAGUCGUCGGGCGUGACGGCUCGCGGCGGCGAUCAAAUGGGCGAAGGGUUGAGCGGGGCUAUUGUAGGUGGCGGCAGCGGGAACAGUGGCGGCUCCGUCCCAUUCUACAAUUUGGGAGGGGGAAAUUAUCCUUUCUCCGGCGGUGAUGUGUUCGGUUGGGGCGGGGGAGGUGCCGGAGCAGGGAGGCCUCCAUUUUAGAUUUUCUUUAUUUAAGGUAAGGCGUGUGGAGGAUGAGUAUUUGAUCUGCUUGUUAACCAAUAUACCUCACACACAUUGAUCAAGAAAGAGAGGGCUGAACUAGAAAUUCAAGCAUAUGUCGAUACCAUCAGCUUAAAGUUGCAACUCAAAUCCUGUAAUUUUUUCUUGAUAUGAAGGUAGAUGAUUUUCUUCUGGUUUUUUGUGGAACUGGUUUCUACGCAUCCUAUGUGUGUCCUGUUCUUGACCUUCUUUAUUCUUGGAUAACAUAAUCUAUAAGCAUUGUCCUCUUUCUUCUUC